AUGAUUGAUGUCCUUAAGGCUAAGAUAUCAGAACAGCAACAGCAACAGAUGGCUCAGGAAAUGCAGCUGACAACAUUGCACACGGAGCGCCAGGAGCUACAUGAGCAAGUGGAAGUGCAACACAAGAAGUGGCAAGAGGCUGUGCAAAAGAUUCAGACUCUUGAAGCAGCUCAAGUGGUUAAUGCUGAGAAUGAGCAGAAAUUGAAGGAAUUAGAGAAUAAAAUGACUCAGCAAGAACAAGACUCUGUGAUUGUAAAGAACAUGCGGUCAGAUCUAGGUCGAAUUCCUGAACUGGAGAAAGAGCUUCGACAGCUGAAGGAGAAGAAUGCCUAUUGCAGAUCACUUGCACAGCUGGUCCUGGAGAAUUGUUACACUUACAUCAAAUAUGGUUAA